UGCUAUUUAUUCCUUCCUCACCGUCCAAGGCAAUGCUCAGCCGUCGAAUUGCACCACAACUGAAGCGCUCUGCGCAAUUCUUUGCUCGAGCAGCCAGCUCAGCUUCGUCUACCAAGCCCGAAUCCACCAAGACCUCAGUCCCAGAGAAGAAGACAGAGAGCUCUCCACUGAGCGCAUGGCAGGCUCCCAACUUUCCCAGUACAUGGUCGACAAGCCAGAAACCGCGUCCUCAAGCUGGCUCCUCCCCCCGCUUUGAACAAACCAACAUGGACUUGCAACCGCAACCUCUGAGCGCGAUGGAACUCAUUGCUCAAGAACCAAUCCGCCUUGUCCAAGGCAGGAGUGCUGUUUGCGACGGAGGAGGAGGACCCUUGGGCCAUCCCAAGAUCUACAUCAAUCUUGAUCAACCUGGUCCACGAGCAUGCGGUUAUUGUGGAAUUCGAUUCGAGCAAGACCCCCACCAUCAUCAUUAGAGUCGGUCUCCACCUUGGGGCCUUGUCACGCCAGACAACGGAUAGAAUGCCUUCAUCGCCGUAUACAGCCUGUGGGACACAAUCUUAUUCUCUUCAUUCGUGGUACCCAUCGAAUGUAUUUAAACUUUCUGUCCAACCACACACAGAGUGCUUUGAGUGUUUCGAGUCUUUUUGGAUUGUCCUACCCGAGACUUGCUUAAAAUACAAGCCAGUGAGCAUAAAAAUACAACGGGGCUGUCU